CGCGCUAAAAAAAUAAAUUGUUAGACAGAAGGCGCAGACUGAUGUUUCGAGGUUCUGUUAAGUUAUCUUAUUAAAUUUUUGUCAACAUUGUAGUUUAUGUAUUUGUUUAUUGUUGGUUAUAAUAGCAUAAACAAGUAAAAACACUUUUCAACUUAUCAGUAAUAAUUAACAACAGUUUUAAAGAAUUUUUUUUAGAAAAUAUUAAUAUGUCAGGAUGAAAGAAUUCUCUGCAACUUUACUGACGGAAAUAUGUGAAAAGCAUGGGAUUGUUUGAAGUUUCACUUAAAACCAAGAGUCCUUCAUAUGCUGACAUGGAAUUCCUGAAUCCUAGUAAAAAGAUUAAAUUAGAUUUGCCUAAUAAUCAUGAUGGCAACAUUGAAAAUGAUGAUGAGUGGGGUGGCGAUGACAUCACUGCUGAAGAAUUUGAUAUGUUGGAAACACAGGCUACACAAAAAUUAGCUGAAACUUCUUCAAGAACUUUUCGUCAACCUUUUCCAGUUACUAAUGGUAAAAACAAAACUGUCUCCAUUAAGGAAGACGAAAUGAAGCAGCAACAGUAUGAAUUAGAAGGGAAAAUAAGAAUAUUGAGCGAUUCAAUUACAAAACUGUCUAAAGAAUUAAAUGACGAAAAGAUAAAUAGAGAUAAGCUAAUUGCUCAAAAAGUUAGCGAAUUUAAGAUUAAAGAAAAUACGUUACACAAAGAAAUUCAAAGAUUGGAAAGUGUGCUUCAAUUUAAGAAUCAAGAAAUGAAAAGUGUUUAUGAUAAAGUUCAUAUUCUACAAAUGCAAGUAAAAGAAAAGAAGGAAAAUUUAGAGAAAGAGCAAAGAGACGUUGUCAGGAAAGAAGAAAAGCUGAAAGAAAAAGAAACUGAUCCACAAUCAUUUAAAUUUCAAGACAAUUUUCUAAACAAAUUUCAAUUUGAAUCUAGAUCAUCCAUUCAUGUCACUGGCAUACAGAAUAAAAACAAUGAGUCAGCUUUUAGAAAAUACAGAUUACAGAUUGACACACCUAAAGGUAAAACAACAGGUUCUGAAAUAGUAUCUUCAAUUUUAUGUAAUAGACUUUCAAUUCCUCCUGCACAAAACUCUUUCAUCUCUCCUCUAAUAACAAAUCAAAAUCCAAAUGCAUUGGCAAGAACCUCUGUUCAGAUAUCACCAGUGUCUAUAGCAAGAUUAAACUCUGAUAAAGAAACAUCAGAACUAUUAGACUAUUUUGACAAUGUGCUGGAAAAUUAUGUGACUCAUUUAAAUGGAAUUUCUGAUAGAAAUGCUGUGGCUGGUCCCAGUACAACUUCACCUUUGUCUCUGAGAAGAAAGGAAUCUAGUCAAGAUAGGUCUUAUGUUAUAUCAGUUUUAAAGGAUCUCUCCCUCUUUUUGUCUUGCCACCAGUUUGUUUCUGUGGUUCAGAAACUGGAAUUUACAAGCAUGGAUUCAAAUGAAAACAAAAAGGUAUCCAAGCAAAAUGACUUAAUGCAAGCUAUGAAUACAAAUCAAACCAUCUGUCAUACAGUACAUUCGUUAUUUCGCUCAUUAGUGCGUCUCUCAAAUUCAAAUACUUAUCCUACUAGUUUCGUGAAAAUUGAAGAAAUAGAAUGGUCCUUAGCUGCUCUUGUUUCAUGGUCUUUUUCAGCUUCACAAAAUUUCAUGCAGUACAUCAGUGAGAUUCCUCUGGCAUCUUUUAUCAGUUCUUAUCAUUCUGAAAGGUCUUUGGUAUUAAUUUUAAAGCUUCUAACAAAUUUAUGCACAUGCAAAAGAAUAAUUCCUGUAGUUACUCACCAAAAUGAUACUUGUGUCCUUUGUAGUUUAGCUUCUUUAACUCUUCAAAAGAUAAACGGAUCUACACCACAGUUUAUAAAUGUUAUGCUUCUGGUGGAGGAUUUUUUCUCUACUAUUUUCACAAUGUAUAAUUUUAGAGAGUUGAAAUUGGAUUUAUCACCUUGUCCAUCUUUGAUUCUCCAGGGUAUAGUUAUUUCUCUAUGGAAAUUUUGUGAAAUCCACAAAGAAAAUACUGGGGAAUUUAAUCUGAUCUUUAGAAAAGGAUUUACAUUGCUACAUUUACUUUCCAGAUAUUUUCCUAAUUUUAAAGAAAGACGAACUGGUUUUGAAGAUAAUUACAUUUCUUUAGUUGGGAGAAUGCUAACAAUGAGUAAAGAAAAUCCUUUGUUCAAAGAUUUUUAUGACCUCAUUCAUGACUUGUGGGACUUUCAAGACGAUACAAGUGAAUUAGAUUUAGAUGAACCAUCUGAAGAUUCAGUGACAAACAUGGAUUUUUUGAGUCAAACUAGUAGCUGAAAAAUGCUCAUACUUCAGAUUUGUAUAUAUUAUUGCAGCUAUAUGUAUGUAAAUAAUUUAAAUAUAUGUUGAUUUAUAUACUUUCUCUACUUCACGAUCAAAUAAAAUAUUACGUAAUUUA